AAAGAAAAUGGACCAAUAAGAGCGUUAGACGAGGAUUGUACUUUAAUGUUCGCUCAAUUACUCUUUUUUUACUUUCCAUAACUUUCUCACCUCUCCUCUUCUCAACUCCCUUUCCUCUCUCUCUCUCUCUCUUUCUCUCUGGAACCGUUAAAGGUUUAGGUUUGUGUUCUCUCAACAACAACGAUGGUGAGCUCCUCAGACACGACGAAUACGAUCUCUGUUUCUUUUCUAUCAAAGAGGUCUCGAUCUCCUGAACCACCCCAUCAGAAGCUCACUCUCAAGGUCAAGAACCAACAGGGAUCAGAGGAUAUAUACAAAAUUGGAGCUCAUGCACAUCUAAAGAAACUAAUGACUGCUUACUGUCGAAAGAGAAACUUAGAGUACAAUACUGUCCGAUUCCUCUACAACCAUAAACCCAUCAAACCACGACAGACUCCUGCUCAGCUGAGGAUGGAAGAAGAAGAUGAGAUCUUGUUGGUCAUGGAACUAGGUGGUGGCGGUCCUUACACUCCUUGUUGAGAUCUCGCCGGAAUUUAUCCCCCGGGAAAGAAAAAGAAAAGAGAAGAGGCGCUUUUAGGGUUUCUUUAAUUAGAAUUUUAAUUACGACCACUUUGGUUUUUGUUAUGUUGAAUCUCUAAAGUCUUUGUCUGAAACAUUGUUGUCCAGUUGUUCAUUUUGAUUCGUAAUAUUUUUAGAUUUUGAAGGAAAAUUAAUUAUUACUUUUCUC